CAAGGUUCACCAGGAAACAUCAUCAGUAAUGUAGAGCUUAGUUCACAAUUCUGUGCCUGUUGUCAGUUUAUGUAUAUAUCAUUAACUAUUUUAUCUUUUAAUCUUCCGUGCUCACAUUUUGACAUUGACGAUGCACAGAGUGCAAGUGUUGUCUGGACAUCUAUCUUCACAUAGACUUUUUGGCAUGAAGCAGUGCAGUGCGUCAGAUGCAGAUCCGAAUGAUAUCGUUGUGGUUCAUGGGUUACGCACAGCAAUCGGCCGGGCGAAAAGAGGGUCUUUUAAGGACACUACCCCAGAUGAGCUGCUCAGUGCUGUGAUGAGUGCGGUCCUUAAGGAUGUGGGACUGCCACCGGCCUCACUAGGGGAUGUGUGUGUUGGUAAUGUGCUUCAGCCUGGGGCAGGUGCACUGAUGGCUCGAGUUGCACAUUUUCUAAGUGGCUUUCCUGAGUCUGUACCAGUCUAUACAGUGAACAGACAAUGUUCCUCUGGACUACAAGCACUUUUUAAUGUUGCAGGUGGAAUCAGAAAUGGUUCAUAUGACAUGGGCCUUGCCUGUGGUACUGAGAGCAUGUCCCUUCGCUCAGUGGGAAACCCAGGGGACAUCAGCCCUCGACUGAUGGACAAUGAGAAGGCCAGAGACUGCAUAAUUCCCAUGGGAAUAACCUCAGAGAAUGUUGCAGAGAGAUUUGGCAUCACCAGGGAAAAACAGGACAGCUUUGCUCUCAGUUCCCAACAAAAGGCAGCCAUGGCCCAGAAACAGGGCUUAUUUGAUCAAGAGAUUACACCAGUCACAACAAAAUUUGUGGAUGAAAACGGCACUGAGCGCACUAUUACUGUCACCAAGGAUGAUGGGAUCCGGCCUGGGACUACAUUAGAGGGCCUUGCCAAACUUCGUCCUGCAUUCAAGGAAAACGGCAGCACAACUGCCGGUAAUGCCAGUCAGGUAAGUGAUGGAGCUGCAGCAGUACUAAUUGGGCGGAGAUCUACGGUGGAGGAACUGAGACUGCCUGUCUUUGGGGUGCUGAGGGCAAGCGCUGUGGUGGGCGUGCCACCAGACAUAAUGGGCAUUGGACCAGCCUAUGCCAUCCCAGAAGCUCUUAACCAGGCAGGGCUGACUAUUGAUGACAUUGAUGUGUUUGAGAUCAACGAAGCAUUUGCCAGUCAGGCUGUGUAUUGUGUGGAAAAGCUGGGCAUUCCCAUGGAGAAAGUAAAUCCUAAUGGAGGUGCAAUAGCUUUUGGUCAUCCACUGGGCUGCACUGGGGCUCGACAGGUCGUGACCCUGCUCAAUGAGCUAAAACGCAGAUGCAAAAGAGGGUAUGGUGUGGUGUCCAUGUGCAUUGGGACUGGAAUGGGAGCAGCUGCAGUUUUUGAGUACCCUGGACAGUGAUUAAAGCCCUCGCUUAAAUCUCAAGAUGCAAAUCUCCUGAUGAGACGCAGAGAGACUAACAGUCACAAAUAAUUUUUUUUAAUCAGGCUGCUACAACACUAACUGUAGAAUACACGCAGAAAAACAGAAUUCUUAAUUGGUUUUUAAUGCUGGGUGUUUGUCUUACUUUCGAGGAUGGUAAUGAUAAUAUUUCAGAUCUCUUUUUAAAGUGCCUUGUAUUUCAACUGAUGACAGAUCAUGAAAUAAGAUAUUCCUGUAUCUGUGAGAGCAAUCUUACCUGAGACAUUCUAUUAUGACACAUUAAUCUGAUGGUCUUUCCAUAUAGAUACUAACAGAAAAUUCCUAAAUAUUCAGAAUUAUAAAAACAAUGGUGGUCAAUUUUUAGCCCUCUGUUAUUUACACAGUGCUGUAGACUAGUGUAAUUCACUAAGAUUUGUAAUGUAUUUCAGGAAACUAGUAAUUUCUAUUAAAUAAUUUGCUAUAAAUAAAAAAGUUUGUUUCAGAGGCUA